AGCUUGUAAGCAGCGACUGUACUAAUGGAUACUAGCUAGGAACUAAAUAUUAUUGUACAGUAGCUACGGUCACCAGCUAGCAAAAAUGAAUUCCUGCAUCAUUGAAUUCCGACAGCAGCUGCAAGAAUUCGUCCUGAUCCAUCUUGGAGGCUCGUCUACCUUUCCACGCUUCUUGUUCGAGGAUUUCUUCCAAAAUCUCCUUGAUGGUUUUUUUGCUAUUGUCGUUUUCAUCAUCAUUAUUCUCCUCCUCCAUGGAAUCUUGCUUCUUCUGUACUGCUAGGGCUUGAUGUGUCUUGCGGUUGCUUUCCAAGAGUUGCAACGUGGACUUGGUCAUCAAGACGGAUCGCAACGUCUUGUUUUUGCGAUUAAACAGAAGUCGAAUCUAUCAAUAACAACAGCCAAUUGGUGAGGAUGGAACCAGAAACACACAUGCCCAUCUCAACAAUCUUAUUAUUCUUACCAUUCCAUCCCAUUCCACAAAGUUCACUGGUGGAGGUGGCUGUUUGCAUUGAAUCCUGACAACUCUGGAUUCCACCUUGGGAGGAGGUCGAAAGUUGUUUCUCCCCACUUUCAAAAGUUGAUCUGCUUUGGCGAGUAGUUGUGUAUUGACGGAUAAUCGACAGUACAAGGCUUCUCCCGGACGCGCCGUCAGUCGCAAGGCAAAUUCUUCUUGAAACAUGAGCACGGCACAUCGAAAAUGAUAAUGCUGCAGCAGUUUGAACACCAGAGCACUCGAUAUUUGGUACGGGACAUUGGCCACACAGACAUCAAACUUGGGCCACUGCGUGUGAAGAGCAUCUCCUUGAAUAAUAUGCAAUUUGUUACGCAGGGGAGUUCCCUCCACACGUUUGUUGAGUUCUCGAACCAUGCGAUGAUCGUAUUCCAGUGCAACCACCUGUUUGGAUUUUUCCAGCAAGGGAAUGGUCAUGUUUCCCGUACCAGGACCAAUUUCCAAGCAAAUAUCGGUGGACUUGACACUGGAUUUUUGAAUAAUCGAUUGAAUGACGGCUGGAUUCUUGAGGAAAUGCUGACCCAAGGAAGUAUUGGGAGUGAUGAGAUUGUUGUGCUUGGGACCAGAAUUAGAAGAAGGGUUCCCUGAUCUCGUAGUAGCGCCUCCUCCAGCAGACAUGGUCGAAGGACCAUGAUCGGCUCCACUCCUGCGUUUCCUGGACGUCUUGGGCAUGGUUGCGAUUACUCAAAUGAACAGUAGAAUAAAACCAGGGAGCUUGGUAGAAUUUUUGGGAAACUUCAAAAGAAGAAGAAAACAAAGCGCCUCGAGAAAAAGUGAUGGUGGGUGGUGGCAAAAAUUCGUUGGUGAUGCGGUCAGGAUAGUUGGGGUUAAGGCUAUUAAUUUUCCUUACGGACAAACAACAGACAGAAAACCAGUGACUAAAACUAGCCCAGUCACGGGUCAUUCCGACAAUGACCAAGGUCAAGACCCCCAAAAAGAUUCUCAAGACUCUUUUUGGCCUUUCCAAGAGAAAGCGAGCAAGGACGACGCAGCAGAGCAGUCACAAGACUGAAUGCUGUUGUUUGAUGAGGUGCGCCGAAGGAAAGAAAGGAAGGCAACAACACGAGAAAAAAAGACGCAUUUUGCUGUUGAGCAGGAAUGUCUAGAUUGGUGAAACGAAUCCUCGGCAAAGGAGAAAAAAAGGACCGGGACGGCAUAGCACAAGAGUUUUUCGGGGAGUCUAGAUCAUCACAAGAGCUGCCUGCGUCUGUCCCCAGUCCCCCACCCAAAGCAAAAGACCCACCCACCAAAGCCAAACAGUCACAAAGGCGGAGCAGCGCAACCCGCGCAAGUGCCACAAAGGUCAGCAACAGCAGCAGCAGCCCAAACAACAAAGGAGGAUCCACUGCUGUGUCUACAUCAACCGGUGUCAAGCCCUCGCAAGUUCAGAAGGUCAGCAAAAAGCCAUACGUCCCCCCGGCUCCUAUCACUGCCAUCGUUCAAGAGGGCAGCAACACAGCGGCAUCCGCACCCGCUUCGAAACGUAGAUCUUCAGGCGUUGACAAGAAAUCGGCUGGAGGUGAACAGCAAAAGACCCGUAGGUCCUCCACUACUUCUGCCAAGAAGGACCACCACCACCACCACACAAGCACUAGUGCUAGCAAAUCCAAAGCAACAAAGACUGCUGCGACUCCGCCACCACCGCCAGCGCCCACUACUACUACUACUGACACCAUGUCGUCCGACAAAAAGAAGGAUAGCCGGAAGAAAUCAUCCAGGAAAAAGAGCACUCAUGAGAGACAAGAGGAUCUGAAAACACCAGAGCCAAGUUCAGAGAGUGGAAUGCGCUUUGAUGAGCUCUAUAGAUUGAAGGGAGUGCUCGGAACUGGUGCCUUCUCCACUGUUCGAGAAGGAUUCCAUCGCUCCAACGCAAAUAGUUCAUAUGCCGUGAAAUGUGUAAACCGCAAAAAAUUGUCCGAAGAAGAUGAGGCCGCUUUGUUGGACGAGGUGGCGAUUUUGAAAGCAAUGAAGAAUGUUCACAUCAUUCGCCUCUAUGACUUCUUCACCGAGCCAUCCACUUACUACCUCGUCAUGGAACGAAUGAGAGGAGGGGAACUCUUCGACCGAAUCGUCGCCAAGGCAUACUAUAACGAAAAGGAAGCCCGUGAUACCUGUAAAAUCCUACUCGAAGCGGUAGAACAUUGCCACAAGCACUCGGUCGCACAUCGUGACUUGAAACCCGAGAACUUGUUGCUCCUGUCAGAGGAGGAUGACUCGGCCGUCAAGAUUGCUGAUUUUGGAUUCGCCAAGAUCGUCAAAGAACCCAAUUCCUUGACGACACAGUGUGGUACACCCGGAUACGUAGCACCCGAAAUCCUUGAAGGUAACGCCUACGAUGAAAGAGCGGACAUGUGGAGUGUGGGUGUCAUUCUCUAUAUUUUGUUGGGUGGAUAUCCCCCGUUUAUCGAAUCCACCCAACGUGACCUCUUCCGAAAGAUCCGCAAGGGCGAGUACGAGUUCCACGAAGAAUACUGGGGCACCGUCAGUACAGAAGCCAAAAACCUCAUUUCAAGCCUACUCACGGUGGACCCCGUCAAAAGAUUAAGCGCAAAGAACGGUAUGUUGAACCCUUGGAUCACCGGCGAUGAUGCUGCCCUAGAAGGCAGAGAUCUGGGAGCCAAUCUUGAAAAGUUCAAGGCUUUCAAUGCCCGACGUAAAUUCAAGGCCGUUGUUCAGACUAUCAUGGCCGUGAACAAGCUGAACUUCAUGGGAAAUCAACUGAAUCUGGAUGCACUUCAGCCACGGGGUGAUGAUUGAGCGGAAAGCGCUGCAUUCUUUGGCCGUCGUCAAAAUUACAAAAAUCGGUCCAUCCCAUGAUGAUGAUAUGAUAAUCUUACUUUCGAAUCGAAUAAACUAACUGUGUUGCUUGGAUGAGUGUGUGUAUCAAAAGUGAAUGAAUGGAGUACGGAUUCCACAACAGAAAUGCGUGUUGCUUCUUGUGAAAAGUGUAGACUGCGCGACGAUAUUAUUUACAUUACUAAUUUAAAGAAAUGCAAAG